AUGUCUUCAGAAGAAGCGCCUCAAAAUGAUACUCGGAUUGAAGAGGAGGCAGCUCAAGCUUCGCCAAUUAAACCUGCACCAACAGCACAUGAAGGUCGCAAGCGUCCACGUUUAGAUGUCUCUUCCCUCACCGGCGGAGAAAGAAAACGAGGGAGGAGUAUGUUUGGCGUCCUAGUCGGGACCCUGAACAAGGCGAAGGUCGAAGAUAAGGAGCGGAACGCUAGUGAAGCCGCGAAGAAACGGCAGCUGAUAGAACAGAGACUACAAGCUAAGCUGCGAAAAGAAACUGACUCUGUAAGGCGCGCCGAGGAGGCUAAAAAGGACAAAACCCUUGCAAACAGGAAAGAAGAGGAUCUUCAACUCAAGGAUUCCAUAUACAAACUCAGAAGAACACGUCUUCCGAUCCUAGCGAAUUUCCUAUCGACAUCAGAUCAAAUUCCCUUCGACAACGAUUCGCCACCCCCUCCGUCCAAAAACCCUCUAGCUUCCGUGCCCAGAUCCCACCCUCCACCACUCUACUACCUUCCGGUAAUCCUAACCCCCGCUCAAGAGGCUUUUAUUGGCAGAAGAAAAGCCGAGGUGUCUGAAGCCGCAGAGAAGGAAUGGCAAGCGUUCUCCGAAGAGCGUAGAGCUGGUAUUGAAGAAAUAAAUCAGCUUCGACAGCGCGUCGCAGAGGAGGAGGCUCGUAAGAAGGCUGGGAGGUCUGAGAAGAAGGACGAGAUGGAGACCGAUGCUCCUACGCGGGAGGAAUCGCGAUCAGCCUCCCACCCCGCAACCUCGAUCAAAGACAAGGGCACGGACAUGGAUGUCGACGACGGCCCAGGCACUGCUAAGGGGGAUUCAAAGGGCCCAACGGAGGAAAAGAAGGAGGAGCACUCUGGUGCACCAGCAGAUGAUGAUGACGUGGUGGAAUAUUAG